GGAUUCCUGCUCACACUGGGAUACGUAAGGUAAGGAGCUGUGGACCUGAGAGGAACAUCUGUCAGCUUCUCCAAAGUCUUCUCAACAAGAUCAUCAUCCCAAAAGCAGGUAUCCUCAAGGAAAAACUGUCCAUUGAAUCUGGUCAGGAAAGAAUGCUGGUUGUGGUCCAUGAACUCACAGAAAUUAUAAACCAUCUUUGAGGAAGGAAUCAGUCCAUCUGAAGAGUGUGUUAAAGGGAAAAAUAAGACAAAUAAAGACAUGGAGCUGCAGCAAGGGGACAAAAUGGAUGAAGAGGAAAAAGAGAAGAAAACCACGUCUCAACCCCAAAGCAUAAUGAAGGACCGGCUAGUAGAACUUGUGGAAGUAACCAAGCGGUAUGAACAGCAGUUCCCAGACAAGGACGAUGAAUUUGACUCGCCCCCUGAAGAUAUCAUGUUCAAGAUGCACCACAUCCUGGAAUCCUUGUACCGAGACAUCCAGGACCUUCAGGAUGAAAACCAGCAGCUGACUGCCGACGUGAAGCGGCUGGGAAAGCAGAACACCCGCUUCCUCAUGUCCGUGCGGCGCCUCAGCAGUGUCAAGCGCCCCAUCAACUCUAUUGCCAAGGACAUCAAGGCGCAGGGCGAGAGCAUCCACUGCAAGCUGAGCGCCAUGAAGGCGCUGAGCGAGGACGCCGAGUCGCAGCACGGCGUGCCCUCGGCCGUGGCGCGCAUCGCGCACGCACAGUACAGCGCUCUCACCCGCCCCUUCCAGGCCGCCAUGCACGAGUACAACCAGGCCGAGAUGAAGCAGCGCAAAAACUGCAAGAUCCGCAUCCAGCGCCAGGUGGAGAUCAUGGGCAAGGACGUGUCGGGCGACCAGAUCGAGGACAUGUUCGAACAAGGCAAGUGGGACGUGUUCUCAGAGAACCUGCUGGCUGACGUGAAGGGCGCGCGGGCGGCCCUCAACGAGAUCUAGAGCCGCCACCGCGAGAUGCUGCGGCUGGAGAGCCGCAUCCGCGACCUACACGACCUCUUCCUGCAGAUGGCCAUGCUGGUGGAGCAGCAGGCGGACACCCUGGACGUCAUCGAGUUCAACGUGCAGAAGACCCUCGACUGCACCGGCCAGGCCAAGGUGCAGGUGCGCAAUGCCAUGCAGUACAAGAAGAAGAAUCCCUGCCGGACCGUCUGCUGCUUCUGCUGCCCCUGCCUCAACUAGCAGGGGGCCCAGGCCGCCACACCCCAUCCCCGACCGGAAUGGGCCGGGAAGCACUUUGGGAAAGAUUUUGAGGCUGUCUGCACUGGGGUGAGUUGCCCUAAUCCCUAGGGACCUCAGUCUUUGGAGAAGGAAAAACUCGAGGUCCCAGAAUUCCAGUCCAGCUCGUACUUGGAACAAGAGUUGAUCCCACCCGCUGUUUCAUCUGUAAGGACAGAUGCCUACUUAAGUUUUGUGAGGUCAUUAUAUGGCACAUAGCACCCUUUCCUCUUAAAGGAAGCCAAAUAAGGAACAGAUGUGGUAGCUUACUCUGUAAUA